ACGUAAUGAUAAACCGUCGUACAAGGUUCUGGGCGCUUUACCGCUGCCCUGCAAGAUGAAAGUUAGGGUUAGGAGUAAAGCACUUUGAUAGCAGGACCUGUUUUGCCUAGCUAGUGUGUGUGCGUGUGUGAGAUAUAAGCAAAGGAGCAAUUUUAGCUUGAGGCCGUCUUAAAGUUCUGCUCAUUUGCUUCUAACCACAUUAUAUUAAUGCAAUAAUUCUUCGUGUGCUUACUAGCAUCUGCGACCAUCCCGAUCUUUAAAUUAUUUUAAAGUGACUGUAUAGAAGAAAUAAGGGACGUAAACAUAAACCAGUACAACAGAUUAUUUCUGUAUGAAUUGGUGUUUCUGCAGCCAUGCCUCCUCCAGAUACCAUGUACUGCAGCCAGCAGAUCGCAAUUCCCACUGAACUGCCCGACAUCCUGAAACAGUACACCAAGGCAGCCAUCAGGACCCAGCCCAAGGAUGUGCUGCAGUGGUCUGCAGCGUAUUUCUCUGCGUUAUCUAAAGGAGAGCCCUUUCCUGUCAAGGAGCGAGUGGAGAUGUAUACUGCAACCCAGAGGACAGACAGUGGGCUGACCCCUGGUCUGCUCAAAGUCUUGCAUCAACAGCUUUCCCACGAGCAGACGUGUAGCCGGGAGGAGCUGCAGAAGAAAUGGAAGGGGCUGUGUUUACCCAUGAUGCAGCUUGAGACCAUCAUGUCUCUGGGCAACUUCAGCUCAGAGGUCCACUGGAUGCACUUCCUGGCCCUAGGCUGCAGUUCCCUUGGUGGGACCAUCACCAGUGCCUUGAAGUUUGCCUGUGAGCUCCUGACGGAGGAAGAGGAGGGUUCUGCGGCGUGGAUCCGCUUUGACACCUUCGCCAGCCUCUACACCUACCUGGCCGGGCUGGACGGGGAGGUCCCCCCCGACCACAUCAGCGGUUACCUCGACAACCUGCGGAUGCAAGCGGCGCUGCAGGGGGGAAUGGUGAAGCCAUCGGACUUCGUUCAUCUCGAGAACGUGGACAUGUCGUCUCCUGCCACGGUGACCUCUGAAGGGCCGUCUCAGUGUGCCGCCGUCGCAGAAGCCACCUAGCAUUCGGGUGCUUUUUGGUUUUAAACGUAAACGAGAGAGAAAGCUGAACUUGCGUGUCGAGUCGGGCUCAGGGGGGGGAGACCCCGCUGAGAACGGACCAGCGAUCAAAUUUGUGUGUCCUCGUGAAGAUUAGGCCUACAUGUAGAUGUGUGGAGGAUCUGGUAUCCAUUUGAAACAGCAUUAAACAGCGUUUAAUGCUGUUUAAUGCAGCAUUAAACCCCCCAACCCCCAGAUUGCAUUUGAACCUUUGACCUAACCGCAUAAUGUUCUCAUCGAUCGGAUGUCAAACAUAUUUCUAUGGGGGGCAUAUUUCUAUGGUGCUGAAUCGGGUGCAUCACCGACGCCAUAAGUUCUUGGGGCAUUGUGAAAGAAACUGCCCGAGGCCAUGGCGGAAGAGGCGGUUAUAUUUGACCUUUGGGAGAAGGAACCUCUAUGCUCUGCGUGUCAUUUGUCUUGCGAGCCGAGUGUGUGUUUCUCAAGAGUGUGUUAUUUUAUCCCUGAGUUUUUUAAUGUAGACAUAUGUCUUAUUUAUGUCACCUGAUUGAACAAAAUAUGUCAAUAGUAACUUAUAAAGUUUAUUCUCCAUUGUGAGGGUUAGUAUGAGGAUUGUGUUUGCUAAUCUGCACAAACAAACCCAACAAACAUCCGCAUGCACACAAACACACACACACACACACACACACACACACACACCACAAAUCCCAAUUAAACAGAAAAGCUUGGUGAUUAAAAUUGCUUAAUUGCUACUUGUGCUCCAUUGACAUUGUCCAUAUUUGAGUAGGCUGCGACAACAUUGUCUCUAAAUUUAAACGCAUUCGCUUUGCCAGAGCUCUCUGAAUAUAAUCAAUGUUUUUCAUCCCACGCUAUUAACCAAUCAUAGCAGGAGUUUCUAAUCAAGACAUUCAAAUGCGGCGUCAUUAGCCCUGAUCUGUAAAGAAGAUGGGGAAGAGAGGAACUGAGUUAAUAGGAAAAAAUCUGCUAACACACACACAACCUCUUUUCUUUAAACACACUCAGCCCAGCUUAAUUCCGGCCCUCAUUUUGGCUUCGCACACAAACAUAAGCAAACUGUUCUCACAGAUUCUCUCCUCUCUCAUUCUGAUUUAAUCACUCAGUUACACACACACACACACACACACAGAGGCGUGUUUGUGCCGAGGUGCACACUUUACAAGAGAUCUUUGUGAGGCGGCCCAGCUCCAGGUAUGUCGAAAGCAAAGAGGGUUGGGGGGGGGGGGCUGUUUUGGUUGAGUGUGGUUUUAAGGAAGGAACCACGGUAGGACUGAACCAGGGGUCCUAGGGGAAGGCAUGCAGAGACUUGCCUGACUCCCUGGAAGCAAAGGACUCUUUGUUAAUUUAUUUGUUUAAACAUGUGCUCACAGGCCCAGGCAGUGCUCUGGUACGUACACUAAAGAGUAACUUUAAUCCUAAUUUGGUUCUCCAUACUCUCUUUCAGCUUUAUCCUAUUUUCAUACAAAUCGUUCUCUUUUGGUUUGACCUCACAAAGGGAAAAAGCCACACUCUGUUCGUAAUUUGAACUCUGCGUCAAGGUUACAUUGUACUAGUUCUCGCCCUGCCUGGUCGUAUCCGAACAGGGAAAGCAGAAGCAAUUUGCUUCAUGGUUUUAAUUAAGGCCCGACAGGAUGUGUGCGGGUAGAAACUUGUUGACUGAAGAGAACCCUUUCUCCACAUGAGAGGAAGACGCUUGUAGACAACAGAGUUGUAGAAGACUUGUGGCACGGCAUGGCGCCUCAUGUUGGUAUUUCAGGUAUUCGGUUGAAAAAUAAAGUAAGAAAACAAUAGGUGUGUAAAGUGAAUGAGGGGAACACAAUAUGUUGGGCAUUACUUUGUCUCUGGCACCUGUAAUCUCUGAGUGAAUGUGAGGUGGUGCUUGAAUACAUUCAUCUUUUGUUUUAUUCACUAGAAGAAACAGUAGAAAGGUUAUUUAUGGAUGUGUUUUUCUGUGUGGUGAAUUCUUUCCUGACUGGGACUGUUGAUGGUGCCGGUGAAAGCACUGCUUUUGCGGAAAACACGUGGAUGUGGUGCCCAAGUCACGGUUUUAUCAUGACAUCACUGUCUUCAGUAUCUCAUAGCCAACAACACAUGGGCUUUGGGAAUUUUGUGGGUUAUCUGUUGUCUUGCACCCUUCCAUUACAAAUGACAGACAGGCCGGGGCAGGUCCUACCACCACCGUGUCCGUGACAAACAUUACAAGGUCACAGACGAGGAUCGAGGUCAGCGAAACAGUUUCAAAUGCAGAAAUCAUAUUGCUCAAGGGUUAGAUGACCCAUAAUGAUCUGUCACUUCUUCUGUACUUAGUUCGGGGUAAUGCAGUGAAUACAGAGACAGCAGAGCCUGACUUCAACAGCAUAAAAGCCACACAUACGGCUAUACCUUGGCAUAGCUGAUGAGGGACAUAGCAGAUGUGAGCCAGCUAAUAAAAGGCCUGUUAAUCAGCGGAAAAAGACAAAAAAAACAGAAGCCACGCAUGUGUUUUGGUGCCCGCACUUAAACAAAGCAGCUGGUUCCAGCCGUAUAUAUAUAGUGUACCAGCAGGGAACACAUGGAGCAGUCAAAGGAUUAACCGCAACAACACUAAUUUAUACAUUUGUUUCUUUGAUGUAAUUUAGACGUAAAUAAAGUAUCGUGUUUUGAAGAACUACUCUAGCGAACCUAAUCUCCCUUUGGAGUGGAAUAAAGUCUGUCUGUUUGUCUGUU